AUGUGUGAUGCUGCUUCUGCUGCUGCUGCUGCGCUGCUUCAGGUUGCACGUGCAGCACUUUCUUCGGUGUCUGGUGAUGGUUGCGAUGAUGCAUCAGUGGGAGAGGAGGCUGCUAUUUCAGCCGCCUGUACGGACGUCGCGCGGAGGCCUUUCGCCGGGGGUUCGCCUGCAGCAUCGUGGCUUCGUACGGUGUCUGAACAGCCUCUUCGCAUGCGCGAAGCUGCAGCAGCGACAGCACCUUCGAGAGAUUCAACAAUAGCCGCGGCAGCUCGCACUUCUCCGCGGCAUCUCCAGCCUGCAGCUGGAAAGAGAUUACCGACAGCAGUUCCAACGUCAGCACCAGCAGCAGACGCAGAAGCAGCAGAUGCCUCAGCGUUAGACGCGAGGGAGAACGCUAGAGAAACAUGCAAGGACGGUGCGAGGUGCAGUCCGUUUCCUCUUAUGGUGUUGUAUGCAACGCAAACUGGGAAUGCAGCCGCAGCGGCAGCAGACAUCUGGAGGGAAGUGCAGCGCAUGCUGCCGCUACAGCAGCCGCCGCUGCUGCUGCCCUUCGCUGCGGGGUGGCCUCAAGUGCUGCAGCAGCAUGCGCGCCUUAGACAGCAGCAAAAGGACGCGAAGGCUGUUCUUGUGCUUGUCGUUUCUACGACUGGAUACGGAGAUAUUCCAGAUUCGAUGAAAGACAUUUGGCGUGGCCUUUUAGAGGCGCACUUGCCCUCCGAUCACCUCUCCUGGAUUCAGUUCGCAGUUUUCGGAUUAGGCGAUCGAAGAUACGUCGAAUUCAAUUUCGCAGCCCUCAAAGUUGCUCGCCGCUUCGAGCAACUGGGAGCUCAACCGAUAUGCAGACUAGGAUUAGGCGACGAACAACACGACUUUGGAUACGAGGGGGAGCUCGAUCCUUGGCUGCUGCUGCUGCUGCAGCAGCUGCCGCAGCAAGCCCCUCACCUCUUCAGCGAUGACGCACGCGGUGUAUGGACACCUCAAUCUGCAGAGGGGGAUGUGUGGCUGCCGUCGCCGCUUUACAAGGUCGAGCUGCUGGCUCGCCAAGUUGCAUGCGACUUCGCAGCGAGAGAAGCCUCCGCAAGAAGCGCUGCAGCUACCCCCGCUACCUCCGAUUCUGUAGAUUUGAUGCCGCUGAUUCAGCGCGUAGCCUUUCUCCAAGGCCGUCUUCCUCACCAACAACUUCAGCAGCAGCACCAUCAGAAUCUCCUUUUCGCACAAGUGAUCAGCAGCAGGCGCAUCACUAGUCCCGACCAUUUUCAAGUCAUUCAACAUCUCAAGGAAGGCAAAGACGAGUUUUUCGCGUACUGCCGAGAUCAGCGGAGAGACGUUGCAGACGCGUUCUGGGAUUUCUGCAUUCAUGAGCCGCCUGCGUCUGCUGCCGACUGUACACCAACUACAACAGCAGCAGCAGCAGCUACGGCAGCGCCGCUGCUGCCCCUCGACAGACUCUGCAGCACUAUGCUGCCUUUGGAGGCAAGGAAGUAUUCUGUUGCCAACACCUCUCCACCAGUGUCGGCAGCAGUCGCAGUGCACGAGGGAUCUGUUGGCGAUCAAGCAGGGUUGGCAGCUGCAGGUGAUGCAGCUGCAGUGCCAGCAGCAGCUGCGCUGCUGCUGCUCGGAUCUGCCCUUUUUUUGGGGGGGGGCACCUCCUCGCUGCUGAAUCUACUUGUCACCGAAGAAACAGCCAACCGCAUGCGUUCUCUUGCCGCCGCAACUCUUCUUGAGCGACAGUCCAAGCAGCAGCAUGUGGUUGUGGAUCUGUGCGUGGCGCUUGUCGAGCACGAAACAUCUAAUUUGAGAAAGUGUUUUGGAGUCUGUAGCCAACACCUCCUCCAUGCCCAAGUUGGAAGUCUGCUUCCAGUGUACAUACAGCCCUCGGCGCUCCCGGCUGCAUUCUUGCAUGCCUCCUCUCGAUGGUUGCUCAUUGCCACUGGAACGGGUGUGGCACCCAUUCGUGCGCUUGUGCAGUACCGUCAUUGUGUGCAGCGAAGGCAGCAGGAAGGACCGCUACAAAAGCGGGAUUUAUUAUUUUUAGGCUUCAGAAAUGAGCAGAAAGACUUUUUAUUCGGGGAUGAGUGGUGCACGUAUGCGGCGUGGCUGCAAACGUUUGUUGCAUUUUCCCGCACGUGCAGCAGCUGGAGCAGCGCCAGCCGCAGCGCAAGCGACAACGCGAGGGCUGCGCUGUAUGGCGGAGGCUUCUUGCAGAGGCACACGGAUAUGGGCAAGGUUACCUCGCUGCUACUGGAUGCAGAGGGCUGCAUUCUGGUGUGCGGUAAUGCACACCCAAUGCCGUCUCAAGUCGAGUCUGAGCUGUUGGCGCUGUUGCAAGAGCAGGAGCAGCUGUCGCCGCAGCACGCACAGCAGCUGCUGCAAUAUAAGAAAAAACACGGGAGGUACUGGCGGGACACAUGGCAGUGA